ACAUCAGUGACAUAUUUAAAUAAAAUGUGGUUCUGUUAGCUCAGAUAGGUGGACCUCAGGACACAGAACCAGAGGCCAGAAGCACAGACAGCACCACAGAUGAAGACUUCUGGUAGGACGAACAGAACCUUCAGGCUCGGCUUGGAGGAGAGCCAUUGGCGUGACCCCAUUACAGGAGAAUCAAAAAACAAGCGAUGAGGAAGCAAACCCUUCUUCUAUCCCAAUAUGUAAAAUGAGGGCGAUUUGUCAGUGUUUAGCCUGAGAAACAAAUCUACACUCACAUUUUGGAAGCUUCCCAAGUUGAACCCAAGGAACGCCAUGCGUCCUCACUUUGAAUCUAUGCUGACUUACAUUUUAUUAUCCUCCAUCUCUCUGCUCACUGUGACUCUCAACCUGCUGGUCAUCAUCUCCAUCUCCCACUUCAGACAGCUCCACACACCCACCAACCUCCUCCUGCUCUCUCUGGCCGUCUCAGACUUCUUCGUGGGCCUCCUCGUAUUCUUUCAAAUUGUUCUUACAGAUGGCUGCUGGUUUCUAGGUGACCUCAUGUGUAUCUUCUAUAAUGUUCUGGACUACAUUAUUACAUCUGCCUCAGUAGGAACCAUGGUGCUCAUAUCAGUUGACCGAUAUGUGGCUAUUUGUGAGCCUCUGCAUUAUGCCAACAAAAUUACACAAAAAAGAGUUAAGAUCUGUGUGUGUCUGUGUUGGACAUGUUCUGCUUUCCUUCACACUGUGCUGCUUAAAGAAAACCUUGAAGAACCAGGCAGGUAUAACUCCUGCUUUGGAGAGUGUGUCAUUGUGAUAAACUAUGUUGCUGGACUUGCAGAUCUCUUUUUGACUUUUAUCUGUCCUGUCACUGUCAUCAUAGUUCUGUAUGUGAGAGUCUUUGUGGUGGCUGUGACUCAGGCUCGUGCCAUGAGGUCUCAUGUUGCAGCUCUACCUCUUUCAAAGUUUCAAAUGACCAUAGCUGCUAAAAAAUCCGAAAUGAAAGCCGCCAGGACUCUUGGUGUCGUUAUUGUUGUCUUUCUAUUGUGCGUCUCUCCAUAUUUUAGUGUUUCACUCUCAGGCCAGGACACCUUGUUUAAUGUUUCAUCUGCUGCUUUUGUAACUUGUCUGUUCUAUUUCAACUCGUGUCUUAACCCUUUGAUCUAUGCCUUUUUCUACCCCUGGUUUAGAAAAUCUAUGAAGCUCAUUGUAUCUCUUAAAAUACUGCAGCCUGGCUCAUGUGAGAGAAACCUGCUGUAGAGACACUGCAUGCUGAGAGAAAAUAGACAAGAAAAUGUACUUGGUCAUGGUGAUGAAAAUGUACAUACAGAUCUAGAAGUCUUUGUAUGACUACUCGUUAUUUAAACACUUUUACAAUUACCUAUACAUGUGUUUUUAAGCUGUUUAAUGUUCCAAUGCAAAACAACUUAAAAAAGCUCCAACUGCUCAGACCAACAUGUAUAAUCAGGACUUUUGAACUAAUAUAGAAAUAUUUUUGUAAAACCAACAAGUCUUUAGUUAAACAGUGUCACUCUAGCUUAAGAUGAGCUUUUAGGUGUAAUGCAAAUCACUAUUUUAAGUUUAGAAA